AUGCAGGCUGCCGCCGUCAAGUUUGUCGUUUGCCGUCGAACGGUGACUCGGUUAUGGACUGCUGCAAAAAACCAACAAGCACAAGGUCAGCAUAUUCAUAGUAGCAGUGGCAAAAUCAACAAACCAAGGCGCAAGAGAGUUGAAAUAGAUCUUCAAUUAAUUUCAACAUUGGAGCUAAGCAAGAGAUCAACCAUUCGAAGGCUAGCAAGUGGAAUAAGUUGCAGCAAGAGCACAGUUGGGCAAUGGAUAAGCAAGGGUUUGAUCAGGGCUCAUACUAGUGCUAUAAAGCCCGACUUAACAACCCCUAAUAAGUUGCUACGUCUAAGGCCGUUGAUAGCCGAGGAUGGGACUGUACUCUUUGAUGGGAAAAUAGGUAUUUUCCCAUUUACAGAAUAUGUACCAGCCAAGAGGAAUAGCAAAAACAGGGAGGCAGGUACACUUGAGCAAAAGCCCAUUCAAUCAAUCACGAAGGAAGUAAUUAAGGACUGCAUUAUUAACAAGAUUAUUCCUGCCAUUAAGGCCAAGUGGCCACAAUUUGCAAGUAGGGUGAUAUUUAUUCAACAAGAUAACGCGAAGCCUCACAUUAAAGAUAGUGAUCCGGAUUUUAGACAGGCUGCCAGGUCAGAUGGCUUUGACAUCAAGAUUGUUCAUCAACCACCCAAUUCACCGGAUACCAACAUCAAUGAUCUUGGUUGGUUUAGGGCUAUUCAAAGCCUACAAACUGAAUCAGUUUGUACCAACGUAGAUACAUUAGUGGAGGCUGUGAAGAGGUCAUUUGAUGAACUAUCUUCAACAACAUUCAACAAGGUAAAAGGCCACAACAGCUAUAAAAUCCCCCAUAUGGGCAAAGGAUCACUUAUUAGGCAAGGAGAAUUACCAAUCAACUUACAAGUUCCCCAUGAUUUAGUUAAUGAAGCUAUUAACUAUCUCAUGGAUAAUGGAAUUGUAAGUGGCAUGGAUCAUCUAAGGAAUGCACUUGGAAUAAGUUCAAUUUCCUUAUAUGAAGUUGAAUACCAAAUGGGACAUUUGGGUAUUCAAGUUCCAUGA